AUGAGUUGCAAUGGCUGCAGAGUCCUUCGCAAAGGUUGCAGUGGUGACUGCACGCUCAGGCCUUGCCUUCAAUGGAUCAAAUCUCCUGAAUCUCAAGCCAACGCCACUCUCUUCCUUGCCAAAUUCUACGGCCGCGCCGGACUUAUUAAUCUCAUCAAUUCCGGCCCUGAUAAUCUCCGCCCAGAGGUUUUUAGGUCGCUUUUGUAUGAAGCCUGUGGGAGGAUCAUCAAUCCGAUAUAUGGAUCGGUGGGACUGAUGUGGUCUGGAAAUUGGCAGCAGUGCCAGGCAGCUGUGGAGGCGGUGCUCAAAGGUGCUCCCCUCGUGCAAGUUUCUAAUACUGAUGGGAACAGUGCUACACAGGCACGCUCCAUCAUGCCUUUUCAGGGCUGUGACAUCCGCCACCUCUCAAAGAACUCCGCCGCCGAAGCCAUCCAUCGAGUCCGGACCCGCAAACGCUCCGCCCCGCAAAUGAACAAUCCCCUACACGCGAUGGCUGCCGCCGCAUCCGAGUUGAUGAAUGAGUCAGAAGAGAAAUUUACCAUAACGGGAUGGGAUUGCGCUGAAGAUUACAAAGCUUUUGAGGAUCAGUUGAAGAGAGCCCCUAGUCACGAUUCCUACUCCGUUGAAACAGUGGAACCCUCAUUGCUGAACCCGGAUACUGGCUUGAAAUCGGUGCCCCAUCACACUGAAAACGAUGAUAUUGGAUUGGAGUUGACUCUGGGGUUCAAUCCAGUGCUGCGCAAUCAUCUGCCCACAGUAAUAGAGCUCUCUGAUAGCGAAGGUUGA